AUGAAAAAUGGCAUAAUUUUAGAAUAAUACGAGGAUGAAGAUGAAUAUGAGAUUCAAGAGGAGAAGCAAAGAUAGGAGAGAAAGGAAUAUUUACGAAGAAUGCAGCAGAUGAUUUUUGAUGAAACUCAUUACGACAUAGCCUUAUAAUAAAAUACAGAAUCCCAGAUAAUUUAAGAAUAUUUGAUUGAUUUGGAUAAUGAAUUUUAUAUAGAUUAUACUCAUCAAUUGCCUGCCCCGAGUAGUUAGAUAAAACUGAGACCAAUGAAUGAAUUACAGUUAGCAUAUAUUUAUGUUGAUGAUUUCCCAUUUUUAAAGAUGAGAAGAUUGUUGAUGAUAAUUUUUUAGUCGGUCAGAUAUCUAAUGAAAUAUUUAAUAAAUCUCAAAUUUUUUCAAUUGAUACUGAUGGUAAUAAUUAUUUUGAAUUCUCUAUGCUUAGCAUUAGAAGUAGAUUAAUAUGAGAUAAUUUUCAUAAUUUGUUAUUCAGUGGAAGCCAUUUUCAAGAUGUUGGCAUUGGGUUUGUAUUCUAAGAGAGAUUCGUAUUUUCGAGACUUUUGGAAUGUAAUCGAUUUUGUAAUUCUGGUAUUUUAAUACUUGCCUUACUUUGUGAAUAUAUAAUUCAAUUUUAAUGCCUUACGAACAAUAAGAAUCUUAAGAUCUUUGGAUGCAGGUUAAAGUAUUCCAGCUUUGAAAGUAAUAUUGACUUCGUUAUUUUAAUCAGUUUACUAAUUGAAGGAUGCAUUGAUAGUAUUGGUGUUUUCAUAUUCAAUAUUUGCAAUAGUAGCUCUUCUCCUUUUCAGUGGAGGAUUAAAGAGAAGAUGUGUAAAUUUGGAAACAGGAAUCCCUAGAAAUAAUGAAGUGUGUUCAGAAUGUUAAGGAGAAUUCGAAUGUGUUAAAUAGAUAGCUAAUCCUUUUAAUAGUUUGAUUAACUUCGAUACUUUCGGAUGGUCCUUAAUAUAGGUGUUUAUAUGCACUUUACUUGAGAGUUGGUCUCAGAUCUUAGAUUACACAGUAGCAGCAUAUAAUGAAGCAGUUUAUAUCUAUUUCUUUAUGGUAGUGAUGGUAGGAGGAUUCUUUUUGGUUAAUUUGACUUUGGCCAUUAUUAAGCUUAAUUUUUCAAAUAAUCAGAAAUUUGUGAUACCACCAGUAAUUGAGGAGAGUUAUGAUUAUUGGGAAUUGAGAAUAAUGGGAAUAUAUGAGCCAGCUAAAUUGUAGAUAUAAGCAGCUUUGAGAAGGAAAAGUGAUGCCCAAUUUACAUUCAGAGAAAGAUCUUAAAGAACACAAACGAGAAGAAAAUUAAGAAUUACAAAAUAUCCUAGUCAAAUUUAGAAUCUUAGUUUAAAAAUACAUCCUAUUAAAUUUGCUAAUAAUUUCAGUACCCCUUUCGUGAAGCAAGAUAAGAAAUUUAUGGGAAUAUAUGGUAUGGGUAAAAAAUUGUAACCAAUUAUUGGAGGUGUUACUCCUUCAAAGAAUGCAAGAAAUAAACUCAAUUUUAAUUAAGAAUAACCAGGAUAGUCCAUUCUUCAAAGUCCCAUAGAUCAAAAUAUUAGUUUCUCCUAUAAUUUAUCACCUAAUAAUAAAUUAGGUAAUAUGCUAUUUAGUCAAUCGAAUAGGACUCUUUUGAAUAAUCAAACCAAAUAAUUAUCAAGCAAAUCGAUUUUAAAUAAUAAUAAAUCUCCAAAUAAUCGUUCUCGAAUUAUUUCUCCAUAAAAUUAGAGAAAUCACAAUGAAUUAAAUAAUGGAUCUCCAAAAUCUCAAUUCAGUAAAUAAAUAGUAAAAAGAGCAGUAAGACCUUCAAUAUCUGAAUCUGAUUAAAUUCUAGUAAAUGAUCUAAAAAUGAUUGGAUAGCCCCAAUCUAAAAAGACAAUCACAACACCUAAAAAUACUGAAGAGCAACUCUUAGAUUUCCUAUCUUAAGCUCAGAAUAAUAAUAAUAUCCUUACUAAUGAAAAUUAGAGUAAUGGACUUUUAACUCCAAACAAUUAAUUGAAUCUACAGAAUCCAACAUUUAAUAGAGCUAAUCUUCAACAUGGUACCUAUGCACCAAAGACUUCUCACUAAAUUUAAAUGCUGCAAGAUGUUAAACAGCGAUCUUUCAAUGUUAGAAACAAAUAGAUAGAUUAGGUCAAAAAUGAUGUAUCCAUUUUGGAUAAGAGUGAAAAUUCCAUUAUUAAUUCUAUCCCUAGUGAAUAGGUUGACCAAGAACUAAUGGAUUUAGGCAUAUUGGAAAUAAAUAAUAUCAAAAAACAAAAGCCUGAAAUGCAGCAAAAUUCAUCAUUCAAAAUGAACUACAUUCGUAGGAAGAAGCCUCGAUUAACUAGGAAAACCUUGAGAAAAUCUACUUAUUUAAGUAAGACAUUUAAUUCAGCAAAUGAUGAUAGAUUUCAACAAUUAAAAAUCAAAUUAUUUAAAACUAAAUUUUACAAAGAAGUUCCUUAUUUGCCUUAUACUUCAAACUCAGAAUUGGAUGUAUUAGAAGUUCAAUAAAUGAAAAAGAUACAGUAGAAUCUUAAGAACAACGAAGAAAUUAAUAGGAAGCUCAAGAAAUAAGUUAAAUAUGUAUUUUCUAAUUAACAAACCCAGCUAACUAACUUAAAAUCUACUUCCAAACUUCAACCAUCAUCAACUCAAAUUAAAAGUACAAAUGCCAAACGAUCUUAAAAGUAAGUUAAAUUCCAAGAUUAAGAGGAGUAAUAGUAAUAUAAAAAGUUGAUUUUACAUGAUGUAUAAUUAAACUUCUAAGAGGCCUAAUUAUUAAUGAGGAAAGAAGUUUAAGCUGUUGACCUUGAAUAAUAUGGCUAGGUAGAAAUAUAAUAUGAUCUUAAAGAACAAUUGCGAUAUUUGAAUUACGAGCAAAUUACUAUAACUACAAGUACUAAUUAUUCAGAAUAUGUAAAAUUUAUGUCUGAAGCGAGUUCAAAAUUAGAAAUAGUUUAAUAAUCUUCAAUUGAGGAUGUACUUCCAAUGAGUGACUAUGUAGAUGAUUAAACAAUAUCAAUAAUGAAUCAAAUCAUGCUUGCAUUAAAUUAUACUAUCAAUAUUUAUGAAAUCUGGUUGCCAGGAAUAUCAGGUAUUUUUAAAGUAUUUAGAGUUAAAUUACAAAAUCUAAUUUAGAGUGAAUAUUUUAAUCGAUUAAUUAACUUUUGUGUUGCUUGCAAUACAAUCGUAUUAGCCUUAGAUGGUCUAGUUACUAACGAUAAAUUGCUAUCAGAUUUAAAUUUGGCAUUUACAAUAAUAUUUAUUAUUGAACUUGGAUUCAAAUUAAUUGGGUUAGGGGUUAAAGGAUAUGUUUAAGAUAAAUUUAAUCUUUUUGAUGCUUUAAUUGUUGGAAUCAGUUUAUAUGAGGUAAUUAUAAAUCAAGAGAAUGGAGGAAAGUCUGGAUUUAGUGCUUUGAGAUCUUUACGUAUCUUUAGAGCCUUAAGAGUAUUAAGAAUUUCUAAGUUAAUAAGAUCUCUUAAAUUUAUGGGAUUUUUAUUGAAAGUAUUGGGUAACGCGUUUGAAUAAAUACUAUGGAUGUUUAUCUUAAUGCUUUUCUUUUUAUAUACAUUUACUAUUCUAGGAUUUUCAUUAUUUUAGGGAGAGAUUUCAGAUGAAAACUAUAGGUAUACCUUUAAUUCAUUUAUUAUUUCAUUUGAAACAGUGUUUUAAUUAUUCACCAUUUCAAACUGGAGUGAUGUAUUGUAUUCUUUAUUCUUGUCAAAUGCUAACAACAUUGUUGUAUUUUUAUAUUUAGUUUUAUGGAUUGCAAUUGGUAACUAUAUUUUUUUGAACUUAUUUCUGGCAGUGCUAUUAGAUAAUUUUGAGGCAGAGUAUAGAAGAGACAAGAACUAAAUAGACAAUAAUAUUAUCAUUGGCAGAGAUCAGAUUUUUGAAUCUGCAAUAUCUUCUAAACCUUAAGGAAGUAGGAAGUCAAGUAAAUCUUCAUUAUAAGAUGAUGUGGAAGAAUAUUAGAAAUUGUAAACUUAAAGAUUUAUUUACUUUUCAGAGAGAGGAAUUGCAGAGUUUGCCUUGAUGGUAUUAUCUUAGGAAAGUGCAUUUCGAAAGAUGUGUUAUAGAGCAGUAAAAGAUAAGAUAUUUGAUAUUAUUAUUCUGAUUUUAAUUCUUAUAUCAAGUGCUAAACUUAUUCUGGAUACUUAUACUUUAGGCAAUUCUUAUGAUGUCGUAUCAUAUUGGCUAGAUUUUUCUAUGGUUAUUUUAUUUGGCUGUGAGGCUUUGCUAAAGAUAAUAGCAUUUGGAUUUAUUGGAGAUGAUCUCAGUUACUUGCGUAAUUCUUGGAAUGCUCUUGAUUUCAUUAUAUUAAUAGGAUCAAUAGUGGAUAUCAGUGUUGCAGCAAUAGAUUUGAGUUAUUUAAAGAUAUUGAGAUUAUUUAGAACAUUGAGACCUUUGAGGUUUGUUUCUCAUAACAGAUCCAUGAAAAUAAUUGUGUCAGCCUUAUUGCAAUCAGCUGAUGGUAUUUUAAAUGUCGCAAUAGUCAUAAUACUUGUUUGGAUGAUGUUUGCCAUCAUUGGAAUAAAUUUUGCAAAAGGGAAGCUCUAUUAUUGUGAUAUGGGGGAUGGUGCAAUGCAUUAUGUAACUAAGGCAGAAUGUGAAGGAGUGUGGAGAAUAUAUGAUAGUAAUUUUGAGAACAUUUUUUCAGGAAUGCUGACAUUAUUUUGUUUAAGUACAUUGUUGGAUUGGCCAGAUCAAUUAUUGUAUUUUAAAGAUGGAACUGAAAAUGGUUUAGUUAAGGAUAGUUCACCUGAGUUCUUUCUAUUUUUCUUAGCUUUUAUUUUGAUUGGGUCUAUUCUUCUUAACAAUUUAUUUAUCGGAGUUAUUUUGGUUAAUUUUCAUAUUGCAGAAGAAAAGGCCAGAGAUUCCUCACUUACUCAGGAUCAAAUACAAUGGAUUGAUACUCAAAAGUUGAUCAUUGAAGCUAAACCUGAUUUAAGUUUGUAUUAUAUGCCGAAGAAUAGGAUUCAAGCAUUUUUAUUCAGGAUUGUCAAAGCCAGGAAUUUUGACUUGAUCAUCUCCCUAUUCAUUAUAAUAAAUAUUGUUGUAACUGGUAUGUACAUGGAUGAUGGUGAUCUUGAAUAUCUUUAUGUAAUUGAUUAAAUUAACUUUGCCAUAUCAAUUAUCUUUUGUUUCGAAGCAAUAAUAAAGAUUAUUACCUUUGGUCCUUUAGCAUAUUUCAAGGUUAAUUGGAAUUAAUUUGACUUUGUUAUCGUAGUUAUAUCCAUUAUAGAUUUCGCCACAAAUGAGAGUGGAUUAUCUAUAGGGAAAGGAUUUAGAAUCUUAAGAGCUGUAAGAUUAUUGAGAUUGGUCAAAUAAUUUAAGGGUCUUAAGAAACUAAUAGAUACAGCUGUAUUUUCAAUACCUGCAAUCAUUAAUGCAGCUGCUUUAUAUUUUUUGAUCCACUCCAUUUUCUCUGUUUUGGGAGUAUUUUUGUUUUCAGAUAUCAAAGAGGGAAAGAUAAUUUCUGAUACCAACAACUUUUAAGAUUUUCAUCAUUCAUUUAUUUUACUAUUCCUGUCUUAAACUGGAUUAGAUUGGAAUAGAAUCAUGUAUGAUACAAUGAAUAAUGGAUCAUAAUACAAUGCUUUAUUUUGGGUUGUAUUCAUUUUGAUUUAGAAUUUUGUGAUGCUUAAUUUAUUUAUACUCAUUGUGUUAGAUUAAUAUGAUGUUAAUUACUUUCAUGAAGAUAAUCCACUUAAUAGAUUUGAUGAAUAUUAAAAUAAAACACUUGAUGUUUGGACUCGUUUCAGUUAAGAUGGAGCAAUCAUAAACCAGAACAAAUUGACAGAUUUGAUUCUUGCAUUGCCUAAACCGUUGGGUUUAGACAUCGUGAAAUCCACCCAGAAAGGUGUUGAAGAUUGGAAACAUAUCAAUCCUUAACAUACUUAAGAUGAAGUUAGCUAACUUAAAUUUACUAUCCAAGCAGAUUUGAUUAGAAAUGCUUUAUUUAAAAUUAUGGAUAUGCAACUCAAAUGUGAUUCAUUAGGCAAUAUACCUUAUAAUCUUGUUUUAUUUGCUGUAAUGAAAGAGGCUUACUUAGAAAAACUUGAAAUUAACUUAACAGAGGAAGGAGGAAGAAAACUGGUUAUGAAAGAAAUGGAAACUAGAUCAGAAAUUGAAGAGGAAUAUGGAAUGAGUUUAGAUUAAGAUGUUAAUCCUUUGGUUUCUUAUUUGUAUGCUUAAACAUGUUUUAAAGCAAUGUAGAGAUUUGUUGAGAUUUCUAAAAACAAAGUAUAGGAUGAUGGCGUCUCAUUUUUAGCUAAGACUGAUUCGUCGAUUGAUUUUGAAGAAUAUUUGGACAAUGAUUUAUCAAGAGAUGAUUAUGAAAAACCAGACUAUGAAGAAGUGUAUUUUGUUGAAAUUCCUAUGAAUAAUAAGAUUUAUAAUGGGGAAUAAUACAAGGUGUAAAUUGCACAAGAUUAAUCCAGUCAGGAUCAGGAGUCUAAUGAAUAACCAAUUGAUGAUGAAAAUAAUGUAGAAGAAUUGGAAGAAUAUAAAUUAUAAAUAGUUGAUUUUAAUAAGUAUUUAGGAGAUUAAGAUUGA